AUGGCCGAUCUGAAUGAAAUUCAGAAAGCAUAUGAACUCAUCGAUGAAAAUGCAGAUGGAAGAGUGAGUGUUGGUGAAAUCAGUCGAUUCAUAAAAAAGCUCGGAAUACAAAUGUCAGAAGAAGAUGUUCGCUGUAUCCUCAACACCACUCUUUCAAAAGAGCUUGAUGAUAAUGAUGGCCUUAAAUUUGAAGAAUUUGUUCAUUUAUAUCAAUCGAUCUUCAGCAUUGAAGAUGAAGAAAUAGAAAAUGAAUCGAAAGAUUUGGAGGAGGCUUUUAGGGUUUUUGAUCUGAAUAAUGAUGGAUAUAUCUCUUCUACCGAGCUGCAACAAGUCCUGUCCACAUUAGGAUUAAUCUCUGAGAAUGAACACCCUCAGCGGUGCCAGGAAAUGGUAUGUAGAUUUGAUUCAGACUGCAAUGGACUGUUGGAUUUUUCUGAAUUCAAAGAUAUGAUGUCGUCUAAACUUUCUCCCUGA